AUGGCACUCCUGGGGAAAGAUGUCGUAGAUAAAGCUAUAGCAGAAGAUACAGAUUUUGAAUCCCCUUUGGAGUUCAGGUCGGAGCUAGAGCUCGAGGUGCUUGAGUUAUCAUCAACCGGUGAUGGACUCGCGCUCGCUCCAGAACCUUAUCGGCCGUGGGUCGUCGUCGUCCCCUUUUCCCUGCCAGGAGAAAAAGUUCGCGCUCGCAUCUAUCGUGACUCCCGGUUGCGCUCUUACGCCGACCUCCUCAGUGUCGAAGUCCCCAAUCCUGAGCUCCGCAACCCGAGCAACGUGAAGUGCAAGUACUUUGGUCAAUGUUCUGGGUGCCAGUAUCAGAUGCUCCCGUACGAGACACAGCUUGAUAUUAAGCGAAAUGUUGUCAUAAAAGCAUACCAAAACUACUCCUCUUUACCAGCGUCGUCAGUACCUGAAGUUCUACCUACAAUUGCAUCACCUCUGCAAUAUGGAUAUCGCACAAAAAUCACCCCUCACUUCGAGGCUGCUCCGAAGAGGGCACGGCUGGAGCCGCCUGAAGACAAAAGUGAAAAGCCGAGCUGGCUCAAAAUUGGGUUCAACGAGAUUGGCAGACGUACGGUAGUGGUGGAUAUCGAGGAAUGCCCAAUCGCGACGCCAGUACUAAACGAGGCGCUUGGUCCUAUACGGGACGAUAUCAUCAAGAACAUAUGGAACUACAAGAGAGGAGUGUCAUUAUUACUUCGAGAUUCGAUAGAGACACCACCAUCAAGUACUGAUACCUCGGCAGAGUCCUCAUCAGACCCUGUAGAUGCACUCGCCUCUGAACUCGAAAAACAUGUCUGCGUUACCAAUCACAAGACGACAGUACGCGAACGGGUCGGUGACAUGUUCUUCGAGUUCCCAGGUGGGUCUUUCUUCCAGAACAACAACUCCAUUCUUGGUCCUCUUACCGACUACGUCCACGACGCGAUCUUCCCCUCCUCUCCCGAGCUCGCGCUUGCUGAGCGCCCGACGCACCUCGUAGACGCGUACUGCGGAAGCGGGCUCUUCUCCAUCAUGCUCUCUCCCCAUUUCACGACCGUAGCCGGAAUCGAGCUCUCCUCCGACUCUAUCAAGUCAGCCGUGCACAACGCUCAGCUGAAUAAUAUUCCAGAGGGGAAGUGUACGUUCCGUACAGGCGAUGCCGCGAACAUCUUUGCAGCCGUCGGCGAGUUCCCGCCGGAGCGCACGGCCGUCAUCAUCGACCCGCCUCGCAAAGGCUGCGACGAGAAAUUCAUCGAGCAACUUCUGGCGUUCAAGUCUAAGACGGUGGUGUAUGUGAGCUGCAAUGUCCACACGCAGGCGAGGGAUAUUGGUAUGAUCCUGGGGAAGACGGUAGGCGAAGAGGGGAGGAAGUAUGUUUUGGAAAGCUUAAGGGGCUUUGAUCUAUUCCCGCAGACGGCACACGUAGAGUCCGUCGCCGUACUUCGUUUACUGUAAAAAAAAUUCGGGGCUGAUUUAUUCAUGAUAUCGCGAUGCACUGGAUGAGCUAAGUGCUGUAAUUCUUUGCACAUUGGUUGAAC